GUGGCGUUAGUCGCAGCUCAGAACUUCACCAGUGCUGUUCUAAGAUUCCGUGGUCUUAACAAGUGGUUUCGUUCCAUCCUGACGCACCUAGAAGCAGCAGCGGCUGUACAGCCCCCAGCAGGCGAGAUAAGUGCAAGUGUAGCAACUGCUGUCCCAAGAGCAACUCCGUCGUCGGCGACCUUGGUGUGGUUGUUGCGUGCGUGUAGUCCGCUUUGCUAGGCCAAGUUCACCGAGCCAGCAACCGGCCGGGGUUCGCGUCACCAAACGGCACCAGCUAUCUGGCUACUGGCGGAGGAUUUCGGACUCCGGAGGCAUCGGAAUGAGAGCGGCGACAGUGAGCAAGGCCACCACGACGGUGGUGGAUCGGCUGCUGAUGGUGGUCCACAUUCUGGUCAUUGUCGGGGCCAUGAUCGGGCUGGUCGGUGCCGGUUUGCCUUCCGUACUGCGUGCCUGUCCCCGCAACUCGACCGACCUAAACCAAUGCAUCAUCGACGUGGUGAACGAACUGCGGCCCCGACUGGCGACCGGUGAUUUCGGUGAAAACUUCACCAUCCCCUCCCUGGAACCGAUCAAGAUCGAUCGGCUGAAGAUCGAGCGGGGCGAGAACUUUAAGGCCAACUUUACGAACUUCCGGAUCAGCGGUGCAACGCACGAGAAGACGGGAUUCAUCGUGAAGAAGUUGAAAACCGAUAUCGACAAUCGUCAGAUUAAUGCCACCUUGCUGCUGCCGAAGCUCCAGGUCAACUCGAAGUACUCGCUCAAGAUGAGCAUUCUCGUGCUGCAAAUUAAUGGCGACGGUGAUCUGCAGGUGAAUCUGACUGACACCAAGGUAAGCCUGAAGCUAACGUUCUACACCGAAAUGAUCGACGGGGAGGAGUACUUCCGCUUCAAUCCGAUCAAUCUGCGCGUCAAGUUCGGUAAGGCACGCUUCUACCUGAAGAACCUGUUCAACGGUGAUCCCACGCUGGAGAUGAUCGGUAACCAAGCGAUCAACGAGAAUCCCGACGUACUGCUGGACGAGGUAAAGAGUGGCAUCGAGGAGAAUUUGGCCAAACUGUUCACCAAGAUUGCCGGUGAGGUGGUAAAGGAUGCACUGUUUGAGGAAGUGUUUCCCUGGAGCUAGUUUCUUUUUUUCCGAUUGCGCUGUGUGUGAUAGGCAGGAUAGCUGGAAAGCAGAAAAGAAAGAAAGUAAAAGAAAGAAAAAACAAUCAUAUAGGGAUAGAAAUUGAAUGAAAUGUGAUGUUUUUCUGUUUGUUUUCUUUAGUUUGUUUUGGUUAACGUUCCUUGACAUCUCUGUAGUGGCAUUACGUUUUUACCACACGAUGGGUUUUGAAUGUGCAAUCACAAUACAAUAAAUAUGGAAAAUGCGUGUGUUUUUAAAUCCA